AUGUCCUCUAAAUCUAAUCACACUGGAAACCAAGUCCUGCCUCUCUACAAUGGUAAAUCAGAAAUGGAUAGUGGGUGUAUCUACUCUGAACAUCAUGAUGCCUUGCAACAUGCAGUUGUUUUUAUCUUAAUCAUCUUACCUGAUGUUCAGCUCUGGAACAGGAUCAGUAUUAUAUUUGACCUGUACCUGGAUUUAAGGACAGCUAGUUUCUCCAUUCUCUCUCAUUCUUCCAGGUACGUUUCAGCUAUGUGGCUCUUUCUGCCUGUCCUGGUGGCUGUCCUUUUCCUCCUUUGCCGUUGGUACCUGGAAAGACAAAUGGUGGAGAACCUGACGGAAAAAUAUGUCUUCAUCACUGGCUGUGAUUCUGGCUUUGGGAACCAGCUGGCCAGGCAGCUGGAUGCUCAGGGUCUGCGGGUGUUGGCCUCUUGUCUCACUCCAGAAGCAGCAGAACAGCUGGAAAAGGUCACAUCGGACCGGUUAAAAACCACUCUGCUGGAUGUCACCAAUGCUGAGAACGUUGCAGCAGCAACUGAGUGGGUGAAAACCUGCGUGGGGAACAAAGGACUUUGGGGGUUAGUAAACAACGCAGGCAUUAAUUAUCCGGUUGCUCCCAAUGAGUGGCUGAAGAAGGAAGAUUUUGCCAAGGUGCUGGAAGUCAACUUACUUGGGCUAAUUGAUGUGACGCUUCACAUGCUACCCCUGGUGAGGAGAGCCAGAGGGAGAGUGGUCAACUUGUCUAGUGUGGUGGGAAGACUGGCACACCCCGGAGGUGGAUAUUGCCUCUCCAAGUUUGCUGUGGAAGCCUUCUCAGACACUCUGAGGCGAGAGCUUUCUCCUUUCGGAAUCAGAGUCAGCAUCAUUGAGCCUGGAGGCUUUGCCACAAAUAUGCUCAAUAACCCGGAACAGCACUUACAGGGUGUGUUCAGCCGAAUGCCUCCACACGUCAAAGAAUAUUAUGGACAGCCAUACCUGGAUGCUUAUCACAAAUAUAUCUGCUGUAUCGGGAAGAUUAGCAGCAAGAACUUCUGCUUGGUCACCAAUUGCAUAGAACAUGCUUUGACGUCUUGCUAUCCUCGUACCCGUUACUCUGCCGGCUGGGAUGCAAAAUUCUUCUUCCUGCCUAUCUCUUAUUUGCCAACUGUAAUAACAGAUUACAUAUUGAGGAUUUUUCUUCCAAAGCCAGCACAAGCAAUCUAGAUUCCAUUACAGAAAAUAUAUUACAGUCGUUCAAAUGAGCAAACAAACUGAUUUCAGUUGUAGUAAAAACUGGUAAGGUCAUUUCACCAAUGCAAGAAUAAUCCAUAUUUUCAGCCCCAUUGUUUAAGAACUAAAAAGUCUUCAAACUUUCUAGUAAAGGAAAGAUUUGCAAAAAAAUGUUUCUUUGUUUAUUCUACUUAAAACAUAGGAAUAUCUAAUAUGCUUUCAUUUGGAUUUCUGGACGGAGUGCAGGAGUUGGAAUAGAUGGCCUAAAUGGCCCAUUGAUUCUAGGAAGGUAGGUACAUUUGCAAUAAUAUUCCAGACUGUUACAUCAUCAACAAGGCCAGGAACCUCCUGAGAAAACAAGUCCAUUUGUCCAGAAGCCAAGUGGGGUGUAGUAAGAUAGCCUUAGCAAGGAAGAAAGCAUGGGCCAGGCAGAGGCUGCAGGACAGCAGUUCAAUGGCUAAAUGAGUCUGCCAAACCAUUUGGGCUAGAGUCAGUUUUACAGUUCUGAAUGACUUUGGCAACAUUUUCUUCCCCCUGAGGGCCACACAGUAUUGACUUUUUAAUACUUAUAUAGGGAUUGUACUUCCGUUUGGCCAACCUAUUUUCUUGGAUCUCUUCAACCUCCAUGGCCUGCCAUGGGAACGGUGAAUCCAGAAAUUUUGUAAAAUCUCCUAACUGUAUUCGCAACGGAAGAAAGAUCAAAGAAGAACUUUAUGUAGGCUUUUUCUCUAAUUUGGCCCUUUGGACGGACAUCCAAAAGGCUUAUGGCCUCUGGGCCAAAACUCCAAAAGUUUGUCCAAUUAUAAAUUUAAAACCCCGAUCUUGGAAAAUCAAAGUUUAGGAAGAGGAAGAAUUUCCUCCACCUUACCAUCACCCUCUUUCUCCUCGUAAGACAGAUGGAAAAAUACUAUAGGAAAAUAAUUUUAAAUAGCAGACAUUAUGUGUUACAAGCUUUAGACAAAGACUAGGAAGUGGCUGGGUGUGAUGACCUGUGUGAAACCCUGUUAGCAAACAUAUUACAAGAAAUGCCAACUGAAAGUCACAGAUGGUGUAAGAUAAUACCCGUGUAAGGCAAUGUGGUAAGAUAGCCUAUUCUAUGAACUUCUCCUUUUCCUUAUGUGCACGCUAGAUAUAAACUUCUCCCUUUUACUGUGUUAAAAGUAGAUAAGAGUCACCCCUUGGCAAAGUGGUGUUGACAACCUGUAUAAAAAGCAAUGCCCUGGGAGUAGCCCGGGGUUCAGAAUUUGUCAUUCUAAUGCUCUGAACCUUUGCACAAAUAAACCUGUUUUCUCCAAC